CGGUGGUGGCCACUGUGUGCCAUGACAUGCAUCAGACCAGGGCUGUGUGAGGCGGAUCUGUGCGUGGACAGCUGGCACCCGUAGGGCUGCACAGGGUGUCUGCCCACUUGCUUACCUGGGGUCGUUUUUAUAAUAAAAUGAAGAGGUAGAAAAAAUAAGACGAGAAAAAACUGGCUUGUGGCCAGUUCUCCAGGCCAGGGCUUGACCUCGCCGCCUUCAUGGCUGAGGAGGAGGGCAGCAUUGGUCAGCCUGGUGUCGCUGGUUCUCCACCAGCGGCUGUCGGCCUUUGCUGGCUAUUGGGAGGGCUCCUCCAAGGUCUCAGGGACCCACCAGAGGCUGUGGUUCUGGGGCCUGGACCUAGGUUGGGCCUGCUGGCCAGACGCUGUCAGUCCCGGGCACGUCUGUUUGGGGCAGGUCCUGUUGAGACCCUGGCCCCUGGGGAUAGGUCAGCCUGGUGCAUGGGGUUCAUGAAGGCACCAGACAAGCUGUGAGCAGAGCUGCUGCUGGAACUGCUUUAAACCUGGAGGGACGGGCACCGGUGACAGUGACCGAGGCCCUGUCCCAGUGCAGGUGGGCAGGGCAGUCCACCCAGUGCCAGCUGCUUAGGGCUGCUCGGGGCAGGUGAGCGAGGAGGGGCCUCUGGGGAGAGGGCGCUGAAAUAGGCUGUUCCCAGGUACGAGGCGGGCCGAGGCCGGGGCUGUUCCCAGAGCUGGGAAGAAGUUGGGAUGGACGGAGCAGGAGGGCAGCGCACACAGCUGUGGGGGAGCUGGCCACGGGUGCGGGGCUCAGCUCGUCGAGGGCUCCUGGUGGGUGGUCACCAUGCGGAGCCACAUCCCUGCAGGCUCAUGUUUCACCGCCUCUUCCCGGGUGUGCUUUUCUGUCCCAGGACACGUCCGGGAUCCAACGUGACAGACACCAAGUUCCCACGCCGCCUCGGGCUCCUCUUGACUGUGACAGUUUCUCAGACUUUCUUUUUUUGACGACUGUGGCAGUUUUGGGGAGUCCUGGUCCAUUUUAGAGAACGCCCCUCAGUUGGGAGGUGUCCGGUGUUUUCUCUCGUGGUUAGCCUGUGGCUGAGUGUUUCGGGGAGGAAGACCCCAGAGGACAGGCGCCCUCCCUGCAUGCGGCGUCCGGGCACGCGUCAACAGCACUUGGCACGGUCUCUCCGAGGGCGCCAUCUUCCUACUCUGUUACCCACGAGCGCAGCUCACCUUCCUUUCCCGCCCCAGCCAGGCUUCUGGACCCUCGUUUGGUUUUGGUUCCCACUGUCGGAUCCGCAGAUGGGCUUGCCUUUGGGGCCUGCUGUGCUGUGGAGUAACCCAGGGCACCUGGGGGCUGCUGUGAGACCAUCGAGCCUUUGAAAGGCUGUGGAAAGAUAGAUGGCAGGCGGCUGCGGGUGGCCCAGGGGCCAGGCGGCCUUUACAUGGGCUUCUUUCCCAGUGACUCUGGCCGGGUCCUGUGGAUUUUUAAUUCCGACGGCGUGUCUGCAGAAGGAAGCACCGUACAAGCCUCAUCAGGCGGCGCGGAGAGUACCAGCCCCUGCCGUCCCAGUGCUGCCCGAGGGUGAGGGACAUUCGUGGAUGAUUCAUGGGCUUCGUGAGCUAUUUGCAGACACCCGCCUGAGUCUCCUUUAAGGGGAAAUUCCUGAGCGGCUGCCUCGCUCUUCUCUUCCGAGGCGUGUGGGAGCCCAGCCCGGCCGGGUAGGAGGAGAGGGUUGAAAUGCCAUGCCUUCUUCUUCUCGCCCUGGAUGCUACUGGCUGAAGUAGCCUCCUUUUAAAGCCUUAUGAGUCGCUUUUUUCAGUGAUAACAGGAAUGGUCAUGCACCGUCAGGUUGCGAAGUGGGGCGGCCCAGGCCUGGGGGACCCCGGAAUUCCCCUGCGCACUCCUGCCCCACACGCCCGCCGGAGGGGACCGUGGUGUUUCUGAAGGGGCCGUUCCUAUCGCUGGUUUUAAGGUGUCCCGAGUUUUGCUGCACUUGGUUUUGGGGAGACCAUGAGCUUGGCACAAACUGAGAUUCCCGAGUCAGCCUUUCUAAGCUGUCGUGGGCAGGCCACGGCUGUGAUGUACAAUGUGAAAGGAGCCGCCGGCCUUUACAGGGCUUCUGUGAGGAGAUGGAAAUCCAAGAGAAAACAGCCCAUUCCUCAACAAUGUCGAGGUGGAACAAGAGAGCUUCUUUGAAGGGAAGAACAUGGCACUUUUCGAGGAGGAGAUGGACAGCAAUCCCAUGGUGUCCUCGCUGCUCAACAAGCUGGCCAACUACACCAACCUGAGCCAGGGCGUGGUGGAGCACGAGGAGGACGAGGAGAGCCGGCGGCGCGAGGCCAAGGCUCCGCGCAUGGGCACCUUCAUCGGCGUCUACCUGCCGUGCCUGCAGAACAUCCUGGGCGUCAUCCUCUUCCUGCGCCUGACGUGGAUCGUGGGGGUGGCCGGUGUCCUGGAGUCCUUCCUCAUCGUGGCCAUGUGCUGCACCUGUACAAUGCUGACCGCCAUUUCCAUGAGUGCGAUCGCUACCAACGGUGUGGUCCCAGCUGGCGGGUCCUACUACAUGAUAUCGCGCUCGCUGGGACCCGAGUUUGGAGGCGCUGUCGGCCUCUGCUUCUACCUGGGCACGACGUUUGCAGGGGCCAUGUAUAUUUUGGGGACCAUCGAGAUUUUUCUGACGUACAUCUCCCCGGGUGCGGCCAUCUUCCAGGUGGAGGCUGCGGGUGGCGAGGCGGCCGCCAUGCUGCACAACAUGCGUGUGUACGGCACGUGCACGCUCGUGCUCAUGGCUCUGGUGGUCUUUGUGGGCGUCAAGUAUGUCAACAAGCUGGCACUGGUCUUCCUGGCCUGCGUCGUGCUGUCCAUCCUGGCCAUCUAUGCCGGCGUCAUCAAGUCUGCCUUCGACCCCCCGGACAUCCCGGUCUGCCUCCUGGGGAACCGCACGCUGUCACGGCGCAGCUUCGAUGCCUGCGUCAAGGCCUACGGCAUCCACAACAACUCAGCCACCUCCGCGCUCUGGGGCCUCUUCUGCAACGGCUCCCAGCCCAGCGCCGCCUGUGACGAGUACUUCAUCCAGAACAACGUCACCGAAAUCCAGGGCAUCCCGGGCGCGGCCAGUGGUGUCUUCCUGGAGAACCUGUGGAGUACGUACGCGCACGCGGGGGCGUUUGUGGAGAAGAAAGGUGUGCCCUCGGUGCCCGUGGCAGAGGAGAGCCGUGCCAGCGCACUGCCCUACGUGCUCACCGACAUCGCGGCCUCCUUCACCCUGCUGGUUGGCAUCUACUUCCCCUCCGUGACCGGUAUCAUGGCGGGUUCAAACCGGUCCGGGGACCUCAAGGAUGCGCAGAAGUCCAUCCCCACGGGGACCAUCCUGGCCAUAGUGACGACGUCUUUCAUCUAUCUCUCCUGCAUUGUGCUGUUUGGGGCCUGCAUUGAAGGCGUGGUCUUACGAGAUAAGUUCGGGGAGGCCCUGCAGGGGAACCUGGUCAUCGGCAUGCUGGCCUGGCCCUCCCCCUGGGUCAUCGUCAUCGGCUCCUUCUUCUCCACCUGCGGUGCCGGCCUGCAGAGCCUCACGGGGGCACCGCGCCUGCUGCAGGCCAUUGCCCGUGACGGCAUCAUCCCCUUCCUGCAGGUGUUUGGCCACGGGAAGGCCAACGGGGAGCCCACGUGGGCGCUGCUGCUGACAGUCCUCAUCUGCGAGACUGGCAUCCUCAUCGCCUCUCUGGACAGCGUGGCCCCGAUCCUCUCCAUGUUCUUCCUCAUGUGCUACCUGUUCGUGAACCUGGCCUGCGCCGUGCAGACCCUGCUACGUACCCCCAACUGGCGUCCACGCUUCAAGUUCUACCACUGGACCCUGUCCUUUCUGGGUAUGAGCCUGUGCCUGGCGCUGAUGUUCAUCUGCUCCUGGUACUACGCGCUGUCCGCCAUGCUCAUCGCUGGCUGCAUCUACAAGUACAUCGAGUACCGCGGGGCCGAGAAGGAGUGGGGCGAUGGCAUCCGUGGCCUGUCCCUGAACGCCGCCCGCUACGCCCUGCUGCGCGUGGAGCACGGUCCCCCCCACACCAAGAACUGGAGGCCCCAGGUGCUGGUGAUGCUGAACCUGGACGCGGAGCAGGCCGUGAAGCACCCCCGCCUGCUGUCCUUCACGUCGCAGCUGAAGGCCGGCAAGGGCCUAACCAUCGUGGGCUCGGUGCUGGAGGGGACGUACCUGGACAAGCACAUGGAGGCUCAGCGGGCCGAGGAGAACAUACGGUCCCUAAUGAGCACAGAGAAGACCAAGGGCUUCUGCCAGCUGGUGGUCUCGUCCAGCCUGCGGGAUGGCAUGUCCCACCUGAUCCAGUCGGCCGGCCUGGGCGGCCUGAAACACAACACGGUGCUCAUGGCCUGGCCCGCAUCCUGGAAGCAGGAGGACAACCCCUUCUCCUGGAAGAACUUUGUGGACACCGUCCGCGACACCACCGCCGCGCACCAGGCUCUGCUGGUGGCCAAGAACGUCGACUUGUUUCCGCAAAACCAGGAGCGCUUCGGCGGGGGCCACGUCGACGUGUGGUGGAUCGUGCACGACGGCGGCAUGCUCAUGCUGCUGCCCUUCCUGCUGCGCCAGCACAAGGUGUGGAGGAAGUGCCGGAUGCGUAUCUUCACCGUGGCCCAGGUGGACGACAACAGCAUCCAGAUGAAGAAGGACCUGCAGAUGUUCUUGUACCACUUGCGCAUCAGCGCCGAGGUGGAGGUGGUGGAGAUGGUUGAAAACGACAUAUCUGCUUUCACCUACGAGAGGACACUAAUGAUGGAGCAGAGGUCGCAGAUGCUGAAGCAGAUGCAGCUGUCCAAGAACGAGCAGGAGCGAGAGGCCCAGCUGAUCCACGACAGGAACACCGCGUCCCACACCGCAGCGGCAGCCAGGACCCAAGCGCCGCCUACGCCAGACAAGGUGCAGAUGACCUGGACCAGGGAGAAGCUGAUUGCUGAGAAGUACAGGAACAGAGACACCAGCCUAUCCGGUUUCAAAGACCUCUUCAGCAUGAAGCCGGACCAGUCCAAUGUCAGGCGGAUGCACACGGCUGUGAAGCUCAAUGGCGUCGUCCUCAACAAGUCCCAGGACGCGCAGCUGGUCCUGCUCAACAUGCCAGGUCCUCCCAAAAACCGGCAGGGAGACGAGAACUACAUGGAGUUUCUUGAAGUCCUGACCGAGGGGCUGAACAGAGUCCUCCUGGUCAGGGGUGGCGGCCGGGAGGUGAUCACCAUCUACUCCUAAUGCCCAACAGCAUCACGGCACUCUGGGACAGGCACGGAGGAUGGCGUGGGCAGCCUGGGCCUGGGCCUGGCCCAGGGAAACAGACGGCAGACACACCUGUCCCCCAGUGAUGCCGCCCAAGCUGCCCAUGGGGCUUCCUACGGAGGUUUCUAGGCCCGUCACCUAGGGCUCUCCUGUUCAGCCUUAACAGGCUCAGCAAAUCAGGGCGUGGCUGGACGAUUUCCUUGCAUCUAAGGGCAGACGCUGCUACAGGAGUGACCUGGACGUGGCCAGAUCUUCUCGCAGGUCACAAGAAGCCAGUGAGCCCUUGCCUUGGUUUCUGGAAGUUCUUUUCCUUGGCUGGAUUUACCCAGUGGUUAGGUUGCAUUUCUACCCCAUCCAGAACAUUCUUGGAAGAGCACCCGGAGCUGAAGCUGUCCCUGAUGAUGAAGGUGAAACGUCAGCCCUGGCCAUGGCUCUGCUCAGGGCCCGGGUCACCUCCGAGUCAGUCACUCUGUUCCUUGACUUUGUGUUUCUGUACCUCAAGGCACUGAAGCUGGAGGACUCUGUCCAUGCCCGUGUCACCCUCGUGUGGGAGCCUCUGGGCUCGGCAGGUCCACACUUCACGAGCUGAGGCGUGGGCCAGGGCCAUCUGGAAAGGGAACUCGGCUUUUCCAGAACGUGGUGGAUCAUCUGUCGGGUGUGUGGUGAACACGUUCAGUUCAUCAGGGCCUACGCUCCGGGAAGGGGCCCCCAGCUGUGGCUCUGCCAUGCCGGGCUGUGUUUGCAGCCGUCCGAGUCUCCCUCCGCCUUCAGAAAACCAGCCACUUCUUUUCAUAAGCACUGACAGGGCCCAGCCUACAGCCACUGGUGCGAUCAGUGCCUCAUGCAGGCAAAUGCACUGAAACCCAGGGGCACACGCACGCAGAGUGAACAGUGAGUUCCCCCACAGCCCACGACAGCCAGGACUGCCCACCCCACCCCAGGAGCACGGCACACAGUUCAGCCUGAGCUGGCUCACACGUGCCAUCCCCACCCCGGUGCUCCAGUGUAGGAGGACACGGCCCCCGCGUGGGAGGUCCUCGGGCAGCAGUGGCGCCUGGUGUCAGGUCUGUCUGGCUGAGUCCCGGGCGUCCCCCGCCAUGGCCUGUGCCUUGCAUGGAGGCGGCGGUGGCACUGAAGAGAGAGCUUUCAAGGGCCCAACACUUUGCACUUCGGCUGGCUGUGAGUUUCUGCUUUGUAGGUUGUGGUCACAUUUGCAGGCUGCGGGCAGUGGCACCGACUGGGCCUCCCUUUCUAUGUGGCAUAUUUAUUUAUUUAAACACCCCAGGGAGUUACGUGGUAACGAGGUUGUCCAUAAAGAGGUUGCUUCUAUAUACUAGAGGCCCCAGAUGGCCAGGCCUUGGGCUACGUCCGGCUUGCAUGGUCUCCCAAGGGAAUCAGCCCCAUCAACAAAGUUCAAAUCGGGGCAGAGGCUGCACUUGUGCCCCCAGAUGUUUCUGAGGAGCCAGACUAGGGCUGGCAUUGCUGUAGAGUGCCGGCUGCUGCCCAGAGCGUGUCCCAGACAUCACAGCGGGGCUCAGCAGUUCCCACAGCCUCUGCCUGCCUUGGCUAAGCAUGAGUUAAGCAGCAAAACGUUCCUCCAUGUCUGGAUGGGGCCGGCAGGUCCUGUGUCCCCUGCACCUGGAGGAGAGCAGGCUAGAGGCACAGCGGCCACAUGGUGCUGGCUCUGAACGUUGGUUAGUGGCUGGAAAACAGCCCUGCUUCUGAGGGCCGCUCAGUUCUGCACACGAAACCACCUCGUGAGGGUUCAGCUCUGCCCCCGCCCUGGGCUGCAGCCUCUGCACGCAAGCACCAGGCAUCCUUUGUGUUGUCAACUCCGUGUAACCAGUAACUACAGCCAUUUACAAUUGACUCCGUUUCCUUUUGUAGGUUCCCUGUCUUUGUUAGUAGAAAAAUAAAAUCCUAUGAAAUCUGA